UCUGCCCGAAUUUUCAUUAAAUUAUAGUUUUAUCAUGAUGAAAUACAAAAUUAUUAUUGGGCUAAUAAACAGGCUACCCUUCAUACUUUUGUUUAUUAUUACAAAGCUGAUAAUGAAAUUAAAUGCAGAUGCUUAUGUGUUAUAAGUGACCACUUUGAACAUAAUACGGUAGCAGUACAAGCAAGUACAAAAAUAUCUGAUAAGUGAUUUAAAGGCAAUAUGUCCUUUAACAAAAAAAAAUUAUAUAUUUUAGUGACAGUGCCGGCAGUCAAUAUAAAUAAAAAAAUUUAUGAAUAAAAGCUAUCAUAGUGAAAAUUUUGGAAUUGAAGCUGAGUGGAUUUUGUUUGCAUCCUGCCAUUGAAAAAAUGCGAGUGAUGGUGUUGGUGGCACAACAUAAAGACAAGUUACUAAGCAUAGUUUACAGAAGUGAAGUUAAUGAACAUGAAAAAAAGUUAAAACGAUUCCAGGCACGAAGCAAACACAUAGAAUAGUACCUUUGAAAAAAAAUUUUAUAAGGUGUUAUAAAAUUUCAUCUUCUGCUCAAUAUCAAGAUUUAAAAUGUUAUUAAUUUUUAUUUGAUAAAAUGUCUCAAAACAAAAGAAAAAGGAACAACCGGGGUAAUAUGGUAAUUCUUAAUUCAGAAAACAAUGAAGUUGAUUCUAAAAAAGAAGAAAUGGAGAGAAGAAGUAACAGAAGUUUACCAUCAUCAAAUAGAACUCAGAAUAAUUCUAUGUCAAAAAUUGAAUCUUCAAAACGUUCACAAAGAGAUUUGUUGAUUGAUGAAUUAAAUAGUGGUCAAGUUGAUUGUGCUGUAUGUUAUGAAAAAAUAACAAAUGACGAACAAAUUUGGAGUUGUAUGAAUUGUUAUCAAAUUUUUCAUCUGAAAUGUGUAAUGCGAUGGUUUUGUAAAUCUUAUUAUAAUGGAAAUAAUUGGAAGUGUCCAGCCUGUCAAUGUGAAAUAAGUGGAAAACCCAUCUAUUCGUGUUUUUGCAGACAUUUAACUAACCCUUUUAGUAAUAAUAUAGAUACUCCUCAUUCAUGUGGGCAAGUAUGUAAUAGACAAAAGAAAAAUUUCAGUUCAUCUUUCUAUUGUAAACACGAAUGUACUUUAUUAUGUCAUCCUGGUCCGUGUCCUCAAUGUGAGGUAACUGUUUCAAGAAACUGUGAAUGUGGAAAAAUACAAUUUGAUGUUCCAUGUAGCAGCCCACCUCCUAUUUUAUGUCAAAAUAUAUGUUCAAAAUUACUUAGUUGUAAUUUUCAUUUUUGUGGAAAAAAAUGUCAUGCUGGUAGUUGUGACUCUUGUAAAUAUAACUGCCCUAAAGAAAAUAGCUCAAAUUUAAAUGAUGAUCAAGUUUUAGCACUACAAAAUGAUCCUUAUAUAGCACAAAAUGUAUGUCAGCAAAAUAGAAACUGUCUUCCAGAUGGUGUGACUGAAGAAGAAUUAAGAAUGUUAGGAAUUGAACCUUUAGAAUUUAUUAAUACUAAUCAAGAAAGAAGAGAUUAUGUUAAUCAUUUUUUUGAAAUUGAUACUUCUGAUUAUAGUGGAGAUGAAAAUUUUAGCAUUUCAACUCUAAAUAGAAACUACAGAUAUAAUAUGUUACUUACUAGAUUAAAUAGCUUAGUUGAUCAACAUCUUCAAGACUCUAUUGAAUCUUCUAGUUCCAGUAACGAAUUAAAUGACUAUAGUGAUGAUUCAAGUAUUAAUUCUACUUUAAGUACAAACUCACAAGAUUAUUGAUUGUUGUACAAUAAGUAUUUCUAAAAUAUGUUAGAAUUUUUUUUUUUUCAAAUUUAAUUAUUUGAUUAAUUUAAAUUGUUCAUUUAUCAUAGAAUUUAAAAAAUUUAAGUUAUAUUACAAUCAAUAAUUGUAUAUAUUGAAAAGUUAGACUUGAUUUAUGUAUUUUAUUGUUGUUUAAAUAUUUUCUUUAUAACAU